UUUUCAAGUUUAAUAAAUCAUAGUUUGGAAACAAAAGCUUGAUAGGCUAACAUGCGUUGAGUCAAAAGUGUAGUCACCAUCCACUAGUAUGUAUCCAAACGGUGAAUUAAUGUGUAAGCAAAAACUAUAUGAUUUACAUUUUCAUCUCCUCCCACUUUAACAAUGUUUCCAACCUAGCCGCACUUUAUUGUGUGUUAUUUUAUCUUUGUUUUUAAUGUAUAUGUUAUCUCUAGUUUAGAAUUAUUCAAGUCUCUAUCAUAUGAGUCUCAAACAUUAUUCAUCAGGCCAUUCAUCCUCUUAGUCUUAGGUGCAAGACAAUCUACUCCCGUGGAUGGAUUUUCGAUGGUUAUAAUGCAUAAUGAAGUCAUAAAAUCUGCAUGAAUAAGGCGGUUUAAACGGCAUAAACUAUUUAAGAAGAAUUUUUGAACAUUAAUACUUCAUAAUAACUACUAUUUAUAAGUUUGUUCUAUUCACUCUUUUUUUGUUUCUAUGUACUCAAAAUUAAUAAGAAGAAUAACAAUUUUCUGAGUCGUGUAAAAGCAUCUGUUGGCAUAACGAAUUAAAGAUUGUCCGAGUUUUAAAAAAAUCGUUAUAAAAAAAUAUAAAUUAGAAUUUAAAACUUUAAAUUUUCAUUAUAUUUCUAAAUUUAUAUCCUAUCAUUUAAAAAGAAAAAAAAUAUUUAAAUAAAAUUAUUAACUUUAAAAUUAUAUUGUUACUUUUUAUAUAUACCCUUUAACUUUUUUUGAAUGGCACUACACUAACAAUCAAAUUGGCAGAUAAGGGUAUAUACUUGACGUGCCAACGGCUAGUCUUCUUGAUACCAUUAAGACUUGACCAGAUGGCCGGAAUAACUGAGAAGAUGACUUCAAUUAAUGGGUCCCAGUUUAUAAAAUAAGGCCCGUUAUUUGAUCACCAGGCCCAAACAUUCAAUAGCCUUAACUCGGUAGUUUAACAACUUGAUAACCAAACCUAACAACCGGUUAAGUGCGGUUCUCGAUUCGUUUUGGUUAAAAGGAAAAUGGUACCGAUCGCAUGCACUGUCACUUGCUGAUAAUAAAUAUCGACUGAACUAUGCAUUUGUUCUUAUGUAUUACUGCAUGUGCGCUUGCAGUGCUUUUAUUUCUCUUCAUUGCAAAUAUUAUUUUAGUUUUCUGUUUUUAAUAUUGGCAAAUAAUAGUAUAGAUACCUAAUAUUUAUUUUUAUGCUUAUAAAUUAUAAUUUUCUCUCUUUUUAUUUAUUUUAUCUAUCUAAUAAUUAAAAUAGGUAUUUACGCUGGAAAAUGUGCUUUGCCCGUCCCUACAUCACAAGCACCAUCCAUACAUCACACAUGCAUUCCAUGUUAUUGAGUCGUCAUUUAAUAAUAGCAAAACAUAUAUAUGCAUUUAUAAGAAUAUUAUGCCUCUGAUAUUCCACCUCCAUGCUUAUUAUGAUUCAUCCCUACACUUUUAAUGCGUUAUGUGAGAUAUAUAGUAAAAAUAUCAAAUCUACAAUAUAUCAUAUAAAGUACAUAUCUCCCGUUUCUAUGGCCGUCGAAAAUUCGUAUUACUUUAAAAGAAAGUUGGAUUCGUGUUAUAUGAGUUGUUUUUUUUGGUUUUAAUGCAUGUAUUGACGUCUUUGAGUUGAUAACGCAACUAUGCAAUUUAAAUCUAAAUGGUUGAUAAACAGCCUGUUAACACAAUAAAAAAAAAGUUUUAUAAUCGUACAUAAUCGGUAAAAAGACAAAAUGAAAUUUCACACUUGUUAUUAAAAAAGAAAACCUACCUGCGUAAAAUAAAUAGACAUAGCACAACAUGCAUUGACAAAAGAGACGAAAUUGAAGGAGUCCCGUGUCUCUUCUUCUUCCUUUUCUUCCGGCCUCGUGAAAAUCAAAUUGAUCUCAUCUUUUUAACUAUUUGUUGACAUAUAUACAUACAUACACAUGUUCACAUAAAUAGAUAUGGUUGUAUGACUUGUGUCUAUCAAAUCCAGAAAUCUCCAUUAUCUUAUGCCAAAUUCUCAUACUAAUAUCUCUAAUUAAUCUCUUUACACCACCUACGAUAACGACAUAUGUAACGUACAAUUAAUUUCAUCUAAAACUAUGUUUACCAAAAAUCCAGAUGUGGUCCACUAAUACCAAUCGCGAACCAUACCCGAAUAAAACAUACAAAAUCAUAUUUUGAUAUAUUAUCAUGGAUAUACAAACAUUAUAUAUAGAGAAGUCAUGACGUAGACCAUCAUGUAAUUUGACAAACGCCAAAGACCCACUGGUUCUAUCCGAAACAGCAAAAAAAAUUCUUUUUUAAAAGAAUAUCAAUUCAUUUCAUGGAACACCGAAACAGCAAAUCAUGACGCAGAGAAAAUCUCGUUCGUCAAAAGACCCUUUCGUCAAUUUCUAUUAUUAACAAAGCCUAUGCAUUACACAUAAAUGCAAUAGCCACUAUUCAAUUCUUAAAAUUAUCAUAGCAAUAAAUCAAAAGCUAGAGAGGGAGAUAUCAUCUCACAUAUCAUUAUCAUGCAUGUUCCCGUUAUUUUAAAUAACAUAACCCAAAUAAUAAUAUUUUUUUUGAUAUUAGGGUUUUUGAAAGGAGCAAGCCCACAUUGAAUGCCACGCGGUUUUGUGUGGAGGGUAGAGACUUUUACUUUCGCUACACAGCUGACUUUGGAGGCUUUACCUCCACUUUUGUAGUUAAUGCUUUACACAUUUUAUUUUAAUUUAUUUUAUAUUUAUUAGAUUAAAUACUCAAUUUUGAGAGACCAAAGAGGGGUCAGCACUCUCUCUUUCUAUUUAUAUAUACAUAGAAGAAGAAGGUGGACAUAGACCUUUGUCGCCAAGCUUAACCAUUAGAUACAUCCAAAGUCAAGAGUACUAAUUAGUGAGCUUAAGAGUACUGUGACUUAUCAACAAGUAAAGUUAUUCCAAUUUUCUUCUAUUUUCUUGGCAAAGAGUUGUUGUAGUCGGAAACUAAGAGAGGGAAAAAGUUUAAAGGGAGUGAUUAUUAAUUAGAUUAAGAGAGCUCAAGAUAAUGGUGAGACCUCCUUGUUGUGACAAAGGAGGAGUGAAGAAAGGGCCAUGGACUCCUGAAGAAGAUAUCAUUUUAGUUACUUACAUCCAAGAACAUGGUCCUGGUAAUUGGAGAGCCGUUCCGACCAAUACUGGAUUGCUUAGAUGCAGCAAGAGUUGUAGGCUUAGAUGGACAAACUAUUUAAGGCCAGGAAUCAAAAGAGGCAACUUCACAGAACAUGAAGAAAAGAUGAUUGUCCAUCUCCAAGCCCUAUUAGGCAAUAGAUGGGCUGCAAUUGCAUCAUAUCUUCCACAAAGGACCGAUAAUGACAUUAAGAACUAUUGGAACACUCAUUUGAAGAAGAAACUCAACAAAGCCAAUCAAGAUUCUCAUCAAGAUUUUGAUCAAUCAAGAGACCUCUCUUCUUCUCCAUCGUCUUCUUCUGCUAACUCCAACUCAAACAUCUCAAGAGGCCAAUGGGAAAGAAGGCUUCAAACUGAUAUUCACUUGGCGAAGAAGGCUCUCUCUGAAGCUUUGUCUCCUGCUGUGGCGCCAAUCAUUACCUCUACAUUUGCCACCACGGCCACAACAUCUUCUUCUGCUGAAUCAAGACGUUCUACUUCCUCAGCUUGCAGGUUUCUUAGGACGCAAGAAACAUCUACCGCUUAUGCCUCGAGCACCGAGAAUAUAGCAAAAUUGCUCAAAGGGUGGGUGAAGAACUCUCCGAAGAUUCCGAACUCUUCAGAUUUAAUGGUUUCUCCAGAUUCUGAGACAAAAGAUGUGAUCAAGAGUGAUGUCGAGGACUGUGCAGGGGCAUUCCAGUCAUUUUCGGGGUUUGAUCACUUGAAAGAUUGUGACUCAUCAUAUCAUCAGGCUGGAGUAUCACCGGAUCAUGAGACCAAACCAGACAUAACUGGAUGCAGUAACCAAAGUCAAUGGUCUUUGUUUGAAAAGUGGCUGUUUGAGGAUUCUGGUGGACCGAUUGGUGAUAUUGUGUUGGAUGAAAACCCUUAUUUCUUCUGAAGAAUUUGCCUAAUCAGAUGGUUCUAAUUUUAGGAUCAUCAUCUCUUUUUCUUUGUAUAAUUUGUUUAUUUUUGGCUUUCCGAAUUAACUAGCUUAGAUAACCUGGGCUAAUAUUAAUAAUUUUAUUUAUUUUCCCUCGGAAA